UGGAUUGUCAAAUGUAGAAAAGUGUUUAUUUUUUUAUUGAUUUAGAAUUUUAAAUAAUUACUACUAAUACUAAUUACUAUUACCAAAAAUCGAUCGACAUGUCUUCGGCAAUCUUGCCCGAAAUACCAACUGGUGGAUUUAAUUUUGAAAAUUUUGAAAGGAAUGAGUAUUUGAAACAAAAAGGUUUUCCCAUUCCUAAAGUGCAGAAAACUGGCACCACUAUUGCUGGAAUCAUUUUCAAAGAUGGUGUAAUAUUGGGUGCCGAUACUCGUGCAACAUCGGGUAACGUUGUGGCCGAUAAGAAUUGUGCGAAAAUUCAUUUCCUUGCCAAGAAUAUGUAUUGCUGUGGUGCCGGUACAGCUGCUGAUACGGACUAUACUACAAAAAUGAUUAGUUCACAAUUAGAAUUAUUACGUUUGAAUACUGGCAAACAAGUGCCUGUGUGCGUUGCGAAUCGUUUGCUGAAACAAUAUCUUUACCGGUACCAAGGAUAUAUUGGCGCUGCUUUGGUUUUGGGUGGUGUGGACAAAUUCGGUCCUACUCUCUAUUGUAUUCACCCACAUGGUUCGACAGAUAAAAUACCCUAUACAACCAUGGGUUCCGGUUCGUUAGCAGCCAUGGCUGUAUUCGAAUCUCGUUGGAAACCCGAUUUAAGUUUGGAAGAAGGUAAAAAAUUGGUUCGCGAUGCAAUCGCAUCUGGCAUUUUCAAUGAUCUUGGCUCUGGUAGUAACGUGGAUUUGUGUGUCAUUACCAGACACGAGGCCCAAUAUUUGCGACCAUAUGAUGAAGCUAAUGUUAAAGGAAAACGAGAAGGAACCUAUCAAUUUGUUCGAAAUACAACAGCCAUAAUUGGACAACCACGAACCAUACCGAUUGAAGUGGAAUCCACUCAAACAAUUGCGAUUGGAGUAGAAUCAAUGGAUACUUCAUCAUAGCCUUGGAUAUUUUUAUUUUCAUUUCGUGUUCUGAUUAAUUUCCAAUUGAGCAAUUGAAUCGAAACGAAAAUCUAAUAAUAAAUACAAUUUUGCCCAAUAA